AUUCGACGGUGAGAUCGAUCGCCUAUCGGCAUAUUAUCUUCUUCUGCUUCUGCUCCUCUCAAAUCUCGACAUUUGGCUAGACAAAAUCGUCAUAGAGGGAGAUGGGAGGAGGGAACAUGCUAAGGGCUGUCGUUGGCCGAGCUGCCACCAGAAGCAGCGGCGGCGCAGGGCUUCACGAACCCUUUUCUGCUACUGCCACUAAACCCAACUCUUCUCCUACUGCUCCGAAUUCAGCAUCGGCAAAAUCUGCUGCUUCUCCUUCUUCCAAGAAGAAGAAACCCCACAAGCUCGAUCCCUCUCACCACCACCUCUCCCUCUCUUCUUAUUCUCCUCCUUCCUCUGCCUUCCACAAUCUUCCAUGGCCUGCUGCUUCUACCUCUGGUGUCAUAGUGCCCACUUGGCCACCGUAUUCUCCUCCUCCCCAGCACGAUGAUGGUGAAUGGGUAUACGUGGAUGGGAGAGAAGAAGGUGAAAGCGCAGUUGGGUAUUGUGAUGACCUCGUUCUCGGUCCUGUUCCUUCCAAGUGCGAGGUCGAAAACGCUGUCUCUGCUCUUCAACAGGUUUUUGACUCCACUCCCUAUCCCCAGAUUAGGGAUAGAUUUGGUCUUGCCAUGUAUAAGGAAAUGGCAAAUGAAUCUAAAAGCCGAUCAGGUUUAUCGGACCUGCAUUCUUGUGUUGGCUCAGAGCUUGACCAAGUUGACACUGCUAUGCAUGCAUCUGAUAUAAGAACACUGCAUCCUUAUGGGCCUGAGAGAGUCUAUGAUGCUUUUCAUAUGUUGCAGACUGAGCCAGCUGUUCAGAGGAUGGUCAUUUCUUUAUCCUCAGAUAAAGCUGUUUGGGAUGCUGUAUUGGACAAUGAGGUUGUAAAAGAGCUCAGGGAGUCAUAUUAUGCAGCUGAAAAUGAUGGCCCUCCAGAGGAAAGCCCAGAGGAAAGUCCGAAUGAUUCUAACCCUACCUUGAAUGCUGUGAGAUGGCUUUUUGACAGCACAAGGGUAAAACUCAUGGAAAUGAUUGAGGGUAUGGCAAACCUAGCUGGAAAGUUCUUCAAGCUGCCUGCUGGUAACCCAGAAACCAAAACAGGACCGGCGGAUCUCUUCGACGAAAAGCUGAGAACGUCAUUUUUCCUCUCGAUCAUGGUUCUGGUCGUUGUGGUCAUUGCUCGAUCCUGCAGAGGCUGAUCAUCAUUUGCCGACAUGACAUGUUAAUGAAAGUAAUGACUAGUUCCCAUAUGGUGAGAUGUUUGUCUAGUUUAUGUUCACUCGAGAAACUACUGUGGUUCUGUGCCGUAAGACCAUAUCUCCGCAUGUUUUUACUUGUAAAGCAAUGAUGCGGGCUCUAUUUUUUACAUAUCCUUUAAACUUGCCUUGGGAA